CACUGACCAAUCAGAGCGCGCGUAUACCGUUGAAGCGCCCGCGGUAGCGUAUGAGCGCGGCCGCCUAUCGCGUAGCCUACGCUCAACCGGCAUACUCGCGCUCUGAUUGGACGGGGUUUUCGCUUAAUAUCUCCUUAACGAAACCUCGGACAACAUUUUCGCUAAGGAAAAAGUUGUUUCAAAUCACCUCCCGAACCACCUCUUUCAAGGUGUUACAACAUUUUUGGGACACCUUGUAUAUUUAGGACAAUUCAGGAAAUAAACAAUAAAAUGAAAUUUCUUAUUGGUUUCUGCCUCCUGCCAUGUUGACCCUGCCGCGAUCACGUGGUUUUAUUUAGAUUCACUUUACCGUCUAUGGAACGGACUGUAGUAAGUGUUCAUUGCCGCGAUUGAAGAUGUAUCGAUAUCUUCCAGGUCUUUAAUACAUUAUUUUCAUCGACUUAAUAAUGUUUCACACAUCGAAACCAAUAAUUUUGUAACAAGAAACCGUUUAGUGAUAUUACUAAAGCGUCAGCUUUAUGUCUCUCACAGUCGGUAUUACCACACAAGCAAUGUUCAGUGGCAACACGUACGCGCUUGAAAUACACACUUUAUCGUUCAAGUAUCACACAUCCUUUGCACUUCUUCGUGAUGCGUUCAUUCAGGUGAUUAAUGUUUGUCUAAACAAAUCAUGAGUUGACUCGAGAAGUAUUAAUUGCAAUAGAAUUCUCGUUCAAUUUGUGUAAAAGUUGAUCAACCCAAAGUGAAACGGUCAAGACUGAAAAAAGAAAAACUGAGGAAUAUAAAAAAGUGUUUGUUUAUUAAAAAAUAUAGAUGAAAUAUCUCAAACAAUGAUCAUCAUAAACGUACGAGACAUCAUUUUACAGGCAUAUGAGUAGUAGAAUAUAUGGAAACAAAAUGGCUCGCAGACGUAGAACUGAAAUGAAAACAUCUGUGAAAUCAUCCCUUAAGUAUGUACCUGUCCGAAAAUCUAGUAGGCAAAUAGCCAAAAAGCAACUAGAAGAGAAGAAAGUUAAUGGAGACAUUUUACAACUACCUUACACAAAUGACAUAGAAGAUGGUAAAAGUACUGGAGAGUACCAGAACCAAGCACUUCCGAAAAAGAAUCAAAAUUCUUUAAGGAAACAUAACAAGCUUAAAAAUGUUCCUAACAGUGAUUUGCUUGAAAUCAAUCAUGAAAGUGAAUAUUCAACAUCACAAUAUAAAAAGGAUACUAGUGAAAGUGACAGUCAGGAUGGGAUAGACAUUAUAAUUGAGCACUCCGAAAAACUUAGUCCUGAAGAUGUCCAAAAUGUAGUUGUUGGUAAUUCAAUUAAGGAAGUCGUAACCGAACCUGACUCUACUGAAAUUGAAAUAUGGCCAGAAGAUGUUGUAGAAGAAACUAUAAUUUGCGAAGAGGUGGAGGUUAAAGAUGUUAAAAGUAAUAGUUAUAAUUUGAAACAAGGAGAUGAUAUGAUGGUAAAAGAAGUGUUGCUGAUAAGCGAUUCUUCUGCAUUAGAAAGAAAAAAUUUUGUUGAAUUUACUGUGAUACAAAAUAAGGGUGGUAUAGAAUCCAUGGUAGUAGCAUCUGAUUCGAGAAGCACAUCUAAUACAGAAUACUGCGCCAUGCUAAAAGAUAUUUAUAAUUUAAGUAGAUCUGAAACGGAGAAUUCUAUAUCAGCCUCAUGCAUAGAUGUGCCAAUGACUUCUAACAAUAAAGAUGAUAAAUCAACUAAUUUAGAAGAAUUAUAUGCUCAUCACAAAACAGCACCUAGCAAUCAAAAAGAUUUGCACAUGGAUAGAAAUGAGUCCACAAGAAAGCCAGAAGAAAUUCUGUCUAAGGAUGAUGGAUUUUGCAGAAUAGACAACAAAUUAGCAGAUAUGCAAAUUAGCGAAUCUUCAAAAGAAAUACAAAAAUUAGUUAAUGAUUUAUCCAAUGUAGAAAGUGUAACAUCUACAUUGCAGAUUGCAAUGAAUGUAGAGAAAGUGAUGCCAAUGAGUCUUGAUGAUGAAAAUAGUUCAUCAAUAUUGGAUAAAAUAGAACAGUUGCAUCAUUCAAACAAUUCUGCUUCUUUGUUUGAUAACAUAGACAAAAAUAUAAUAGAACAAACCAAAUCCACUUCAGGAGAAGAUAAAGUAGAUUGUGCUGAUCAGCAUUUAUUAAAAUCAAAAAUCUUACAAGAUAAAAAGGUCAAAACUCAGCAAAAGAUUAAUGAAUUGUAUGGUGACAACGAAGCGGAUAAUAAAAUUGAUGGAGAAGAUACAAAAUUAUCCAGCAGUAGUGAUAAUAGUAACGACAUGUUGUUGUCUUUGAGUAAUUGUAAACUCACAGAAUUUGAAACAAAAUGUAACAGUAACUCAAAUGAUAUUGAUAAACGGGUCGAAUUUAGAAGUCGAAGCGGUAGUACUGAUACGACAGGUUCCGAAAGUGGAUCAAACAGUUCUGGUGUGAGGAGAAGCAGUAGAAUUAGAUCAAUCGGUUUAAUGAAACAAAGGUCUCGUGGACGUGGCUUAGUUACAAAACCUAAUAUAGAAAUUUCAAAAUCAAGUAUUCAACAAGAACGAGAGAAAAUAUCUAACACUCUUUUAAUUGCUCAAGAUGUAAAAGUGGAGAAUCCACUAGAACCACAAUCAGAUAAAGAGAACAAUGUUAAUAAGGCUGGAAAUACAUUUGAUUCAUUUACACCACUAGCAACUACUUGCAAUGCUACAGGUUAUGACUCAGACUCUUGUAAACCUGUUAAAGUAAAAUCACGAUGGCGAAGAUCAAGCGAACUUGAAAUGGGGGGAUCUAGUACAGGAUUUGGAUCUACAUCGUCGGUUGGAUCUACAUUUGGAAUCAUACCUACGAAUACGCUUGAAUCAGGAUUGGUAACAGUUAAGUCUGCACCUGGAGCUCUAACAGAUGUUGGUUCUUCAGAUUCUGGAUCUGCAUCUACAUCAACAGUUACAACUGUUCAGUCCAACACAGAAACAGAACAAGCGAAAGAACAAUCUGUAGUGGCUAACAGUAUCAUUAGUGUACAGAUUCCAAGAACUGUUGGUUCAAAAAUUUCAUUACCUAUGGUUCCCGAAAUAGAAGAUAGAGAAAUGGAAGAACGUUUGAGCCAGUUCGAACAUUUGGCUGAAAAUCUGUAUUUGACAGAGAGGUAUACAAAUAAAGAAACUAAACGAAUGGUAUGCGAUUGCUUUUUAACGGGAGAAGAAAUUGAAAGAGGAGAACUAGGUUGCGGAGAAGAUUGUCUCAAUAGACUUCUUAUGAUAGAAUGCGGUCCUCGAUGUGUGGUAGGUGACCGAUGUACAAACAAAAGAUUUCAAAAUUGUGAAUAUGCAAAAUGUGAAGUAUUUAGAACAGAAAAGAAAGGAUUUGGUUUACGUGCCAUAGUCGACCUAUUAGCGGGGGAAUUUAUAAUGGAAUAUGUAGGUGAAGUAGUUGAUCCAAAAGAUUUUCGACGUAGAGCAAAAGAAUAUUCGAAGGAUAAGAAUAGACAUUAUUACUUCAUGGCAUUAAAGUCUGAUCAAAUUAUCGAUGCUACUAUGAAAGGAAAUGUUUCUCGAUUUAUAAAUCACAGUUGUGAUCCGAAUUCUGAAACACAAAAAUGGACAGUGAAUGGUGAAUUGAGGAUAGGCUUUUUUAAUAAAAAAUUUAUAGCCGCUGGUGAGGAAAUUACGUUUGAUUAUCACUUUCAACGUUAUGGUAAAGAGGCGCAGAAAUGUUUCUGCGAAGCACCCAAUUGCCGUGGUUGGAUCGGCGACACACCAGAAGAAGAAAAGGAGAAAACUGAGAAAAAAGAGAAACGAGAGAAAGACAUGCGAAAAAAGAAGGGAGAAAAGAAACAGACUGAUUAUAUGGAAGAUGAAGAUUUGGAAGAAGAAAUAGAUAAAUUGUGCUCAGGUGGAUUAAAAAAUAGAGUUCAUACGUUGACAUUGAGUCGAUUAAUGGUACGUAGUAGGGAAUUAGAACACAGAACACGUCUUUUACGUCUUAUACAAAGCGGUGAGCAGCCGUGUCGAAGAUUAUUUUUGGAUUACCAUGGUUUACGUUUAAUUUGGAGUUAUGUUAUGGAUAUUUCUACAAAUGAUUCCGACGAAGCACAACAAUUUCGACUAGAAGUCCUGAAAACUCUAAACACACUUCCAAUCCCCAAUAAAACAAUGUUAAUGGACAGUAAAAUUUUUGACGUGGUUGAAAAAUGGUCCAAACGUUUGUAUUUUUCUCCAAAUGGUGAUUCUCCAGAAGAUGACCAAGGAAAAUUAAAAUCAAAUUGUGAAGAAAUGCAAAUCAAUGAUGAUACUAAUGAGAAAAAGGGCUCUUAUCAAUUGAACAUUGUAGACAAACAGGAGAGUAAUAUUGAAAACUGUAUAGGAAUCACCGAAAUAAAAUCAGAUAACGCAGAUCAAAAUCUGAUACCUGACCUAGCUUCAACACUUUUAGCUGAGUGGUCAAAUUUGAAGGAAGUUUUUCGAAUACCAAAAAAGGAAAGAAUUGAACAAAUGAAAGAGCAUGAAAGGGAAGCAGAUCGCGGGUAUAGAGAAGAAUUAGAAAAAGAAGAAAAAAGAGGAACAUCAUAUGAUAGACAUAGAUCUGACAGAUAUGGAAGAAAUGAACCAGAGAAACGUGGAGAUAGAAGACGAGGCCGAGAAUCUCCAGAAUCUGAGUAUACUCGAACAAAAGAUAAAAGAACAGAAGAAAGAAGUAGCUUGGUUCCAAUUCCGCGAAUGACAAAGUAUGAACGCAGACAAUUAUUUGCCUUAAAAGUUGCUAAGGAGGAGGAAGAGCGACAACGUCGCCAGCAACAAGAAUCAUGGCAAGAUCAUGAAACUAGGUGUCUGGCAUUAGGUAUAGAUCCUCACACGACUGCUAUGGUAGACCCACAAACAGGAUAUCCUGUUUUUUAUAAUCACUCGCUUGGGCAAUGGCAACAUUAUCCUACACAAGAUGGAGAAAUAAGUCAACAAUGUACUCCUGUGUAUGUAGGAGGACCUCAACCGGUACCUGGCCAUUCUCAAUCUGGGAUAGGACCACAAAAUUCACAUGUCCUUCCACCAUCAAUUCCUUCUGAAAUAUCACCUGGUAUGUCAAGUACCAUACCUUCAGGUGUACCUCCGGUAGUAUACACAUUAAGCCAAACAUCUGUGUUCAAUCAAACAACAACAGCGUAUUCUUUACUACCUCAUUGUCACCAACAAUAUCCCGAAAGUCAAUUAUCACUUUCGAAUAACUUGGUUCAUGGUGGAACACCUCCGGUUACAAUUCAAACUCAGCCUCUCUAUGAUCACGUUGAAAAGCAAUCAGAUCAACAGUUUCAUACAAAACCAUUUAAACCAACGCAGCCGGAAAUACCUCCUAUAGAUUUGCCACCUAAAUGGAAAAGUGCAACCGACACCAGGGGUAGAAUAUAUUACUACCACGUGAAGGAACGUAUAUCACAAUGGUUACCUCCUCCGCCAGAUCAUAUUGGGGUUCAACCAGAUUCAUCAUCAUCUUCAGAAUCCAGCGAGGAAUCUAGUUCAUCGAACGAAGAUGAUGAAGAUAUUGAGGAGGAUAACAACGAAGAACAGAAAAACGAAGAGAUAGAUUUUAAUAAUACUUUAAUAGAAAAAUCAUUGAAUGGUUCUAAACAUAUUAUACCUAAAAAAAGUGGUGUUCCUAAUGUAACUGGAAGUUCGGGACUUUUCCCAGAAAGCAAAAAGAGAAGAGAAGGAUUAGUUCAAGAAAGAAUCAUCAGUCCACGCCGAGAAGAGGAUCGUAUAGAUCAUAAAACGCACAAAGGAAUAAAGGAAAAAUUACGUCGACAAAAGGAAAGAGCAAAGUUUAAAGAACACGUUGAAAAACUACGAAGACAUCGACGUAGUAACAAAUCCAAAUCACAUUCACGCCAUAGCGUAAAUAAAUUACAAUCGCCUUCAACUGACUUAUCCACGAUGUCGGAAAGAAAAAUUAAAGAUACUUUUAGGAUAAAUAUGGCAAACGUGAUGGUACACUUUUUAAAUCCUUACAGAAAAAAUGAUUGUAAACAAGGUAGAAUAACUAAUACCGAAGAUUUUAAACAUCUUGCAAGAAAGCUUACACAUUUUGUACUCGCGAAAGAAUUAAAACACUGUAAAAGUGUUGAUGAAUUACAAUGUAACGAAAAUGUUAAACAUAAAGCUAAAGAUUUUGUACGUAAGUAUAUGAAUAAGUUCGGUGCAGUAUACCAGAAAAGUACAGAUGAAGAUUAAUUAUGUAACUUAUAACGUGAAAUUGUUAUUUAUUACACGAAUCCUCUACCACAAAUAUUGUAAUAUACCUAGUAGAAAUAUAUCUAAGUAAUGCUCAUAUUUAGAUAUAUUUGUAAUUAUUAUUAUUGUAAUAUAGGUGAAUUUGUACAUGCUUCAGAAACAUUCUAGUAAUAGGAGCUAUUAAAAAAAUUAGUAAAUUUCAAAUUUCACUUAUUGAAUGUAUAAAUUCGAUAUUUUGAUUUCGUAUGAAAUAAUACGUCUGUUGAUCUUUCAAUGAAUUUGCAUUUUGUGUUCUGAUAUUAUGUACAUCCUGUAUAGUUAAAUUAGGUAUGACCUCUGUCCCUUAUAUUGGUUUCGUAAGAAAUAUCGAAUCUUUAUUGUUAAACGUCAUAUUAACAUCUUAAAUAUUGUACAUAAUACAUAUUGUAAAAGAAUUUUUAACUGUUUCCUAAAAGUAAGUUGCAAUUACUAAAUCUUUUGGUAUUUAUGACAAGUAAAUGAAAUGAAAGACAGAAAAUUUUGGAUUCGUAAACUUACUUUCUAUAUUCUGAAAAUUUCUUCUACAUGGUACAAAAAUUGAUUCUGUGAUGCAUGAUUUUUAAACUGAAAGCAAUGUACGAUUUUAAAUAAAAAGAAAUCUAUGUUUACUGUCAAA